UCCCGGUAGCUGGAGCCUGAGACUCCGCCCCGGGGGCCGGGCCCGCGUAGUGACACGUCGGACAGCGGCAGCCGCCGGGAGGCUCCGGCACCGAGGGCAGGGUCUCCUUGCGGGGCACCGAGCGGCAGCUGGAGGCAGAUCGGAACGAGGCCCAGGGGGUCCGGCUCGGGUCCCGGGCUCUGCUCGGCGGGGAAGGAGCGGGCCCGCCCGCUUGGCCCGGACCCUCUGGAUCCGCCCCCUUCCCGGUCCCGCCCCCUCGGAGCCUCCCUCGGCUGCCCUGGGGCUGCGCCGGGGCCGGGGGCCGCGGUCCCGGCGCCAUGCGGGCAUCGCUGCUGCUGUCGGUGCUGCGGCCCGCGGGGCCCGUGGCCGUGGGCAUCUCCCUGGGCUUCACCCUCAGCCUGCUCAGCGUCACCUGGGUGGAGGAGCCGUGCGGUCCAGGGCCGCCCCAGCCCGGAGACUCCGAGCUGCCGCCGCGCGGCAACACCAACGCGGCGCGCCGGCCCAACUCGGUGCAGCCCGGCGCGGAGCGUGAGAGGCCCGGGGUCGGCGCCGGGGAGAACUGGGAGCCGCGUGUCCUGCCCUACCGCCCCGCGCAGCCCGGCCAGGCAGCCAAAAAGGCCGUCCGGACCCGCUACAUCAGCACGGAGCUGGGCAUCAGGCAGAGGCUGCUCGUGGCGGUGCUGACCUCACAGGCCACGCUGCCCACUCUGGGCGUGGCCGUGAACCGCACGCUGGGGCACCGGCUCGAGCGUGUGGUGUUCCUGACUGGCUCGCGGGGCCGCCGGACACCGCCAGGUAUGGCGGUGGUGACGCUGGGCGAGGAGCGGCCCAUCGGGCACCUACACCUGGCGCUGCGCCACCUGCUGGAGCAGCACGGCGACGACUUUGACUGGUUCUUCCUAGUGCCCGACGCCACCUACACCGAGGCACACGGCCUGGCACGCUUAGCUGGCCACCUCAGCCUGGCCGCCGCUGCCCGCCUCUACCUGGGCCGGCCCCAGGACUUCAUCGGCGGGGAGCCCGCCCCUGGCCGCUACUGCCACGGCGGCUUUGGGGUGCUGUUGUCGCGCACGCUACUGCAGCAGCUGCGCCCCCACCUGGAAGGUUGCCGCAAUGACAUCGUCAGUGCGCGCCCUGACGAGUGGCUGGGCCGCUGCAUCCUGGAUGCGACUGGGGUGGGCUGCACUGGCGACCAUGAGGGAGUACACUACAGCUAUCUAGAGCUGAGUCCUGGAGGGGAGCCCAUGCAAGAGGGGGACCCUCAUUUCCGCAGCGCCCUGACAGCUCACCCUGUGCGUGACCCCGUGCAUAUGUACCAGCUGCACAAGGCUUUUGCCCGAGCUGAGCUGGAACGCACGUACCAGGAGAUCCAGGAGUUGCAGUGGGAGAUCCAGAACACCAGUCGUCUGGCAGCUGACGGGGAGCGGGCAGCUGCCUGGCCUGUGGGCAUUCCGGCCCCAUCCCGCCCAGCUUCCCGCUUUGAGGUGCUACGCUGGGACUACUUCACGGAGCAGCAUGCUUUCUCCUGUGCCGAUGGCUCGCCCCGCUGUCCACUGCAGGGGGCUGACCAGGCCGAUGUGGCUGACGUUCUGGGGACAGCCCUGGAGGAGCUCAACCGCCGCUACCAUCCAGCACUGCAGCUCCAGAAGCAGCAGCUGGUCAAUGGCUACCGACGCUUUGAUCCCACCCGGGGUAUGGAGUACACACUGGACUUGCAACUGGAGGCGCUGACCCCCCAGGGCGGCCGCCGGCCCCUCACCCACCGGGUGCAGCUGCUCCGGCCACUGAGUCGGGUGGAGAUCCUUCCCGUGCCCUAUGUCACCGAGGCCUCCCGCCUCACCGUGCUGCUGCCUCUGACCGCAACCGAGUGUGACCUGGCCCCCGGCUUCCUGGAGGCCUUUGCCACUGCAGCCCUGGAGCCCGGCGAUACCGCGGCAGCCCUGACCCUGCUCCUACUCUAUGAGCCACGUCAGGCCCAGCGGGCAGCCCACGCCGAUGUCUUUGCACCUGUCAAAGCCCACGUGGCAGAGCUGGAGCGGCGUUUCCCCGGUGCCCGGGUGCCCUGGCUCAGCGUGCAGACGGCCACACCCUCGCCACUGCGCCUCAUGGACCUGCUCUCCAAGAAGCACCCCCUGGACACGCUGUUCCUGCUGGCUGGGCCAGACACGGUGCUCACGCCUGACUUCCUGAACCGCUGCCGCAUGCAUGCCAUCUCCGGCUGGCAGGCCUUCUUUCCCAUGCACUUCCAGGCCUUCCACCCAGCUGUGGCCCCACCCCAGGGCCCCGGGCCACCAGAGCUGGGCCGCGACACAGGCCACUUCGAUCGCCAGGCGGCCAGCGAGGCCUGCUUCUACAACUCCGACUACGUGGCGGCCCGCGGGCGGCUGGCGGUAGCCUCGGAGCAGGAGGAGGAGCUGCUGGAGAGCCUGGACGCCUAUGAGCUGUUCCUGCGCUUCUCAGGCCUGCACGUGCUACGGGCUGUGGAGCCCUCACUGCUGCAGCGCUACCGGGCCCCGACGUGCAGCGCGCGGCUCAGCGAGGACCUGUACCACCGCUGUCGCCAGAGCGCGCUCGAGGGCCUUGGCUCCCGCACCCAGCUGGCCAUGCUGCUCUUUGAGCAGGAGCAGGGCAACAGCACCUGACCCGGUCCUGUGCUCCUGAGCCCUGGCAUGGCCGCGGACCUCGCCGUUCCUCCCCAACAGCCCAGAGCCGCCUGCCAGCCUCGCUGGACAGGGCUGGCCGCAGCCUCAGGCCCCAGGGUGGCCCCUUGGCGCCUCUCAGUUCGGCUUGCUGGGGCCCAGGGCUCAGGACAAGCCCUGGGGGAGAUGCCCUCAGAGCCACCCCCUUCUCGCCUCCAACCCUGUCUCCCUGUCCCCUUGACGCUGCUGUUUCAGGCUGUGGCCUCCGCGUAUUUAUGCAGUGCAGUCUACCUGACGCCAGCCAGCCUCCCGGGGUCGGGCCCUGGGGGCUGGGCUGUAGAUCAGUUGUUGGGAAAGGAGGAGUUUAGAGAGGAGGGUGUGGGCUUCUUCUGGACCCUGACGAAGCUCCCUCUUUUAAUAAACUGGCUGAGUGUA